ACAAAAAGAAGAUGCAAAAAAUUACCAACCAACCAACCAACCGCCUCAAUAAUCCUUCGUUUCAGCCUUCAUGGCCGCCAAGCACCGACCGAGCGCCACCCCCCACCACUGCCUGCGCCGCCGUCCAAAAAUGAAUCCCCGAUUCUCAAUCUUCCUCUCUCUAUUAUUUUCUCAAAUCUUCACCUCCUGCUUCGCCUCGGACGUCUCCAUCUCCGUUUCCCCUCAAACCCUCUCCAAAUCCGGCGACUCCGUCACGAUCCAGUGGUCCGGCGUUGGCUCGCCCUCGAAGCUCGACUGGGUCGGAAUCUACUCGCCCCCGAACUCCUCCCCCGACCACUUCAUCGGCUAUCUCUUCCUCUCCUCCGCCCCGACCUGGGAAUCCGGGUCGGGCUCCAUCACCCUCCCCUUGGUCAAUCUCCGAUCCAACUACCAGUUCCGGAUCUUCCGGUGGACCGAGUCGGAGAUCAACCCGAAGCGCCAGGAUCACGACCACAACCCGCUGCCAGGGACGAAGCACCUCCUGGCGGAAUCCGGUGAGAUCGGGUUCGAGGCGGGUCGGGGCCCGGAGCAGGUCCACCUGGGGUUCACGGAUCGCGAUGACGAGAUGCGGGUCAUGUUCGUGACUCACGACGGGAAGGAGAGCUUCGUGAGAUACGGGUUGUCAAAAGACCCGACGGGUCAGCGCGUGGCGAGCACGCGCGUGGUCAAGUAUGAGAGGGAACACAUGUGUGACGCGCCGGCCAAUCAGAGCAUUGGCUGGAGAGAUCCUGGUUACAUUCAUGAUGGGAUCAUGACAGAUUUGAAGAAAGGAAAGAGGUAUUAUUACCAGGUUGGAAGUGAUGCAGGAGGUUGGAGCAUCACUAACAGCUUUGUCUCACGAAAUGAGGACUCCGAUGAAACUAUAGCUUUCUUAUUUGGAGACAUGGGAACCGCAACGCCAUACUCGACAUUCCUUCGCACACAAGAUGAAAGCAUAUCGACUAUGAAGUGGAUCAGCCGAGACAUUCAGGCUCUUGGUGACAAGCCAUCAUUUAUUUCGCAUAUUGGUGAUAUCAGCUAUGCAAGAGGAUACGCAUGGUUGUGGGACCAUUUUUUCUUCCAGAUCGAACCAGUUGCCUCCAAAGUUCCUUACCAUGUGUGCAUAGGUAAUCACGAAUACGAUUGGCCUAUGCAGCCUUGGAAACCAGACUGGUCCUACUCUGUGUAUGGAAAAGAUGGUGGGGGUGAAUGUGGUGUGCCAUACAGUCUCAGGUUCAACAUGCCCGGGAACUCUUCAGAGCUAACUGGAACCCUCGCCCCAGCCACUCGAAACCUUUACUAUUCGUUCAGUACAGGGGCAGUUCAUUUUGUGUACAUAUCAACAGAAACCAAUUUUCUUCCUGGGAGCAGCCAGUAUAACUUUAUAAAGCAUGAUUUGGAGUUGGUUGAUAGGAAAAAGACCCCAUUUGUCGUUGUCCAAGGGCACAGGCCAAUGUACACAACGAGCCAUGAAAACCGGGAUGCCCCAUUCAGGGAGAGAUUGCUCAAUCACCUUGAACCGCUCUUCGUGAAGAAUAAUGUGACCCUUGCAUUGUGGGGUCAUGUCCACAGAUACGAAAGAUUUUGUCCCAUAAACAACUUCACUUGCGGGAGUUUUGGCCUGAAAGGGGAGGACUGGGAGGCAUUUCCCGUGCACGUUGUAAUUGGGAUGGCAGGGCAAGACUGGCAACCGAUUUGGGAACCAAGACCCCAACAUCCAGACGACCCCAUAUUCCCACAGCCAGAGCAGUCUCUCUACCGAGGGGGCGAGUUUGGAUACACUAGACUCGUCGCCACCAAGGAUAAACUUACACUUUCCUACGUGGGGAACCAUGACGGGGAGGUACACGAUAUGGUGGAAAUCCUGGCAUCGGGGCAAGUCCUCAGUGGCAACAACGGUGAUGGUGUUACCAUGGCCAGGAGUAAGAUCAUGGACUCGACCUUUUCAUGGUACGUCAAGGUAGCAAGCGUACUCGUGCUUGGGGCUUUUAUGGGAUACGUUAUUGGGUAUGUAUCGCAUGCCAGGAGAGGAGCUGCUGCAUCCGGGACAGACUGGAUUCCAGUGAAGAGCGACGAAAUAUAAGUCCUAGACCUUUCCUCGCUUCUUCUUUGAAUCAAGUAGGCUUGACAAUCGCCAUCUCUACUCCUCAAAUGCACUUGUACAGUCUGAAACUACUUGAGCUUGUAACAGACGAGGUUCCAGUGUCACAAGCAAUGGAUUUGUGCUGUCUAGAAUCGUUCGAGUCUGAGCAAGCUUUGGAUGCAGCGAUGCAUUAUGGUAAGAAGUUGUUUUUGCUGAUUGACUAUGUAAAAUAUUUGUUCUCCAGAUGUUUGUAAAUGUGUGUUUGUACUCUGGCAGUGUAUCAGAUUGUUGACUGGGAUUUCUAUGAGCAAUUGCUCUGUUUUCCCAAGGAACUCAUCACACAGUCAUCUUCUCUUGUGUGGGAUAUAAGAAUAAGAUAACCUUGCUUGAGUUUAUUGUUCUCUUUUCUUA